UGAGUGAGCGUGGGUGGAGUCGUCGCGGAUGAGGUGAUCUGCCGCUGCAUUGGCUGUUCGGUCGAUUUUUCUUUUUGGGGUGUUGUUUUUUUCCUUUCUCUUCUGCUGCGCCAUUUGGGGGCGUGGGAAUGGGUGUCUCGAGGUAAUUUCAGGUGCCGAGUUUGCGAAUGUGGGUGAUCCGGUGAUGCAUUUGCGAUUCCGUAGAGUUCCUCUGGGUUUUGCUCUAGUUGCUUGUUGAGAGUCUGAGUGGCGGCCUAAAUUUCUAGAGGUUUUUCUAUUUGGAUUGGAACUGGAAAAGAAAAAUUAUAAUCGUUGCUUCGCAGCGAUUCUCCUUGUUUUGGGCGUUUGAAGUAGAGACUUCGAUUCUCAACAUUGUUUUGGACUGGAUCGCGCAUUGAUUCGUGCAACGGGUUGGUAGUUUUGCGAUGUGAUGAAAUAUUCGUCAGUGGCAGUUGGGGCGAAAGGACUUCUUCUGCUAGAUCAUUUUACGGUUCAUGAUCCAUCAGAAGGAAUGAACGGGAGUCGGCAGAUGGAGCUGCACUACAUAAAUACUGGAUUUCCAUACACCAUCACCGAGAGCUUCAUGGAUUUCUUUGAGGGCCUCACAUAUGCUCAUGCUGAUUUUGCUAUUGCAGAUGCUUUCCAUGAUCAGGCUAAUCCAUACUGGGCAAUGAUGCAUACAAACUCGUACAAGUAUGGAUAUUCCGGUGCAGGAAAUUAUUACAGUUAUGGGCAUGUUUAUGAUAUGAAUGAUUACAUGCAUAGGGCAGAUGGUGGACGCAGAAUCUGGGAUAAUGCUACACCUGUAAACAACACUGAAUCCCCAAAUGUAGUCUUGCAGGGUGGAGAAACUCCUCAUGCAAAUACAAGCUCUACUACUGAGGAAUGUAUCCAACAACAAGUACACCAGAAUUCGAGCAGUCCACAGGUCAUUUGGCAAGACAACAUUGAUCCUGACAAUAUGACAUAUGAGGAAUUGUUGGAUUUGGGUGAGGCAGUUGGAACCCAAAGCCGUGGUCUCUCCCAAGAACGCAUUUCAUUACUUCCAGUCACCAAGUACAAAUGUGGUUUCUUUUCAAGGAAGAAAACACGCCGUGAAAGGUGUGUAAUUUGCCAAAUGGAGUACAGGAGAGGGAAUCUGCAGAUGACGCUUCCCUGCAAGCAUGUGUACCAUGCCAGCUGUGUAACAAGAUGGCUUAGCAUAAACAAGGUUUGCCCUGUUUGCUUUGCUGAGGUUCCUGGUGACGAACCCAAGAGGCAAUGAGUCAAGGCCGCCAAAAUGUUCUUGCGCCCAGACUCAGCCCACACUGUACCCCAACGGAUGCAUGAUUUCUGCUUGAAGGCAGCUUUCCCCUUUCUCUCUAGAUUUGUGUAUUAGAAUCAUAUCGCAAAUAUAGGUUAUAACCAGAUGUAGUUGGAUCUUGGAACCUGUUCUGAGAGGUUUGCCGUAGACUGUAGAGUUCGAAUGUGAAGUGUAACCCUGUGCUAGAUGAAGCAUGCUGGAUCACGCGCGCUUGCGAGGUGUUUUUGUCCACUGCAAAGAGCAUUGCACUAGCCUGUGUUAUUUGAAUUCAAUUAAGAUUUUGUGGACAGAAAAAAUUCAUUUGUUACAUCCCCUGCUUUUAGCCUGUCAAUCACAGUAUGUCCCCUGUUUUUCCCAUGAAAUGUUUCUCGAUUGUAAUCA